AUGCUCAUCAGCACCCAUCUGCUGCUGCUCCUGACACUGGCGCUGCAGUUUAAGAAGAUCAUGGGGGGCAGGGCACAGCGCAGGCAGAGGCUGGCGGAGGAGACGCUGAGGCCGUAUCUGGGUCGGGUUCGUCCCGAGGAGCUCUGUGAGUUGCUGAGGUGUCACAGUCCCAUUGGCUCCUGGUGUCAGGUGGUGCAGGAGGGCGGGAUCCUGCUCCCGAGGUGCGUAUGCCCUCAGGCCUGUCCAAGGCAGGGGGCGCCAGUGUGCAGCGUGCUGGGGAAGACGUACGGCAGCGAGUGUCUACUGCAUAAAGAGGCCUGUCGCAAGAGGCGCCACAUCGGGCUGGCGCACAGGGGACCCUGCAUAGUUUCCCGGGACGUGUGCACUGAGGAGGAGCUGGGGCAGUUCCCCUACCGCCUGCUGGACUGGUUCCUGCUGCUCAGCCGCAUGGGGGAGUCCCACAGCUCCGCCCCCCCUCCCCAGAGCUGCCUGAGUGGCGUUCAGCGCAGGAGCCUGGCGGAGCGGAGGUUCACCCAGUUGGAUCGGAACCGGGACGGGAGCCUGAGCCGGCGGGAUCUGAGGAAGCUGCGCUACAAACGCAUGCCCCUGGAGCGCUGUGCACGCCCAUUCUUCAGGUCUUGUGACAGGGACAGGAACAGGAAGGUGACCCUGCAGGAAUGGAUUGCCUGUCUGGUGGAGCGAUCAGAGAGAUGGUUCCAUGACUUCAUGUCUGUGAAGAUGGGCUCCCGAAAGCUGUGUCCCGCUGCAGACAGUAACCUGUGAGGAACAUGUUAUUCACAC